AAUAAAAAGUCAUCCGAUCUGGAGCAAUGGUCAUCCUGUUGUGGUCAUCUAAUACAAAUAAAGUGGCCUGAUAAGACUUGCUUCAUUCUAGUACUGCUGACCAGAGGGAAAGAUGCAUCUGAAAGAGCUUAGUUUCACUCUCAUCUUGCUAAUGCAAGCAUGUGGACCACUUUCUGCCCAGACUCCAGCCACCACCACAGAACCUGACGCCCCAGGAAUCCUGGAGAGACUGGCAGACAGAGUCAGAGCAGCCAAAGCUAAAGUCCAGGGAUAUGGGGACCUUGCAAUGGGCUUUGCUGGAACUUACUAUGAAGACCACAUCCAACCGAUGACUGACAGAUACAUUGGAUGGGCUUCGAACAUGAAGAACUCUAUGUUGGAGAAGGUCCAGAGCACCUUUGAUCACUACAAUCCACUGAAAGCAUCCGCAGCAGAUGAAUAAAGCCCUGCAAACUGAAGACAGGCUGAUAAUAAAUUCAUGUUCUUAACUCA